AUGCCGAGUCCGCUACAGGUCGUCACAAACAGACUUCAAAGUCUGUCCAGGCCCUCCCGCAAUGGCGAAGAGACACGUUUUACAAAGGUGACCAGAACCGUUCCUAUGGAUAUCAUACUAGAGAUUGCGCAACGACUUACCUCCCUCGGGGCCCUCCUGGACUUCGGUUUAAUAUCACGAAGCACUUAUCAUAUCCUAUUGCCUACUUUAUACGCCCAUGUCCAGCUGGACUCGAACGAUCAGUGCCGUGCCACAUUAUCAUAUCUUGCUCGCGAACCCGACGUAGCCAUUUUUGUGAAGAGCCUGGUCGUGCGGCCGAACCAUCGUAUCUGGGACUCCAAUGCUCACCAAGAAGAACAAGACGAGGCUUGGAUAGCCGAUCUGGUAUCACUUAUAGCGGCACAAGGGAAAUUUCGUCUUCUCGAAUCAUUUCACUGGGACGGCAUGGAAGUUCCUAAAGAUCGACUGUGGUUGAAACUGCGAAGCUUCUGCCCUCGUCUGCGUCAUAUUGGGUGUAGCGUUGGUCAAAACCCCCUUCAUGGAGAAAGCGAGCUUUUCAAGUUCGUGAACCUUGCAGGAUUUUCCUUAACAUCCCACACGUGUAAUUUCAGACAUCAUAGGUCAUUUCAUCAAGUCACCCCCGAGGAAACAGAUCUCCCCGACUCCCUCUGGACCAUGUUGCUCGAAAAUUCACCUCAACUUGAGCGUCUGGUGUUGAACGGUCGACAAGACCAUUUGUGGAGAAUUUCGAGGGUAUCAGAAGGACGUUGGCCUGCCAUGCGGAAGCUCUCGCUCGGCUACCACGCAGGGGGCAUCAACAAUCAUCCGCCCUUCAGAGAAUUCCUCUCGGUCCAUCCUCUACUCCGCGACAUAACUCUCACCGGCCUCAGGUUCGAACCUUGGGAUGUAUCCGAAGAGACUUCGCUACUCGAUGUUCCAGCAGUCGAAGUGUACACGGGGUUUUGGCCUAUACACAGAAGCACGAUAUCGUAUCCGAUGUACAAGAGCAUCAAAAGCGUCACCGCCUAUCAUGUUAUGUGGAUUCCUUCCUCAUGGAUGAUGACGACUGUGUUCCCAACACUGAAGAAGAAACUGCCUUCGCUUACGUCGCUUAGCAUGAGCGUGGAAUUUAGAUCGCGAGUGGGAGUAACGACUUUGGACUUCUUUCGCUCAUUGUUUAGCUCAUGCCCAAGCCUGACACACCUUGAACUGCUCUCUUCUUCUCAUUUUGACCUCGAGGACUUCGCGACUGCCCUAGAAGAUGCGCCGUCACUUGCUACAUUUACGUUGGUCAAAGUCCCCAAGCUAGCCAGCGAGGACUUGACUAGGAGCGCCGUUCGCUUACUGCGCCAUAAACCAUCUUUGCGCUCAUUUACUAUAGCUCAUGUCUGCCCGUGGAGGAGGUCGGAAGAAUUCCUAGUCAAGCACAAGGGAAUCUACGAAAUGAUCCCUGGCCCAGGUGGUAUUCCGUCUUCUAUUUUCGUCAGUGAAACGGCACACAAGCGAGGACAACGGCAAACCCGACGAUAUCGUUUGGACUUGUCCGACGUAGCCACAUCUUGA